AAAAUAUUUAACAGUGAGCGCUAUAAAGUCAUAGAAACAAGACCAAGUUAGACUGAAUAUCGGAAAAUGAGUAACGUUAAUAAUGUCAAUAUCAACGUCCAGUGCGAGUGCUACCACCGCCGAGGACUUCUUUAUUACGCCAAUCCCUUGGCUUGGGGUCGUCCUUGCCGCAGAUGCCGUCGCAUGAUGUCCAGGAAUAACAUCGUGGUGACCGUGCCAGCAGGACAGGUGGCUACGCCAGUGCAAACCACCGCCACCACAGUGAUACCUGCCCAGAGUGCGACCCACUGGCAGGUGCAGCAGGAGCCUCAGACCAUGUCCGCCCUGCCACCUAAGUACGACAUUUGGAAAAAUAGAUUUUAUUUGCCCUAAAGAGAAGAUGCUUUU